AUGUCAGAUAUUGAAGAUUAUGAUAUUGCAGGAGAUCUUGUGAAUGACUCUGCAUCAGACUCUUCAUUUUCAGAUUCUGAAAAUGAAAAUGAAGAAUUUCAAGACAUCAUUAGCGAUGACGAAGAAUCUAAACCUUCUAAGAAGCAAAAGCCAAAUCCUCUGGAAAAGCAAACGAAGAAUAAGCAGAAACAGGCCCCUCCAGCACUGUUUCCUUCUCUUGAAUUGUCCGGAGAUGAAGCUGAGGAUGAUGUAGACGCAGAAUCUAAAGAUAUGAGCUCAUAUUUUGCCCUCAAUAACCCUGCCGCCAAGAAGGCUAAGAAUGGUUCGUUCCCUUCGUUUGGGUUUUCCAAAUUCUUACUUCAGAACAUUUCUAAGAAGGGUUAUAAGCAACCUACACCUAUCCAACGUAAGACUAUUCCUCUUAUCAUGGAGAACAGAGAUGUUGUUGGUAUGGCUAGAACUGGUUCUGGUAAGACAGCUGCAUUUACUUUACCUGUUGUUGAAAAAUUAAAGAGUCACAGUCCUAAAGCUGGAGCCCGUGCAGUCAUUUUAUCACCAUCGAGAGAAUUAGCAUUGCAAACUUUUAAGCAAGUUAAGGAAUUUAGUAAAGGAACUGAUUUAAGAUCGAUAGUAUUAAUUGGUGGUGAUGGAUUGGAAGAACAAUUUAGUUCCAUGAUGACCAGCCCUGAUAUAAUAGUAGCCACUCCAGGUAGAUUUCUUCAUUUGAAGGUUGAAAUGGAGCUUGAUUUGAAAACUGUGGAGUAUAUUGUCUUUGAUGAAGCUGAUAGAUUGUUCGAAAUGGGUUUUGCUGAACAAUUAAACGAGUUGUUAGCUGCCCUUCCCUCCAAUAGACAAAGUUUAUUGUUUUCUGCCACAUUACCUAAGCUGUUGGUCGAUUUUGCCAAAGCUGGUUUAACGAAUCCAGUUUUAGUCAGAUUGGAUGCAGAAUCCAAGAUCUCAGAUCAGUUGCAAAUGGCUUUCUUGACUACGAAGAAAAAUGAGAGAGAAGCCAAUUUAUUGUACAUAAUUCAGGAAAUCAUCAAGCUUCCACUUGCAACUCAAGAGCAGAAGGAUAAACUUCAAAUCUUGAACAAAAAGAAUGAUGAAUCAGAUGAAGAAGAACAAGCAGCCAGAGAAGCCGAUAAAAGCGGUAAAAGAAGAAGACCUAAAUUUAAGAAGGAAAGGUUACCUCAUGCAAACGAGUUACCUUCGCCAUUUUCCACCAUCGUUUUCGUACCAACUAAGCAUCAUGUAGAAUACAUAACCAAUAUGUUAAGAGACGCAGGAUACCUCGUGUCGUAUAUCUAUGGUACAUUAGAUCAGCAUGCUAGAAAGCAACAAUUGUACCAAUUCAGAGUUGGUUUAACUAGUUUAAUGGUGGUCACUGAUGUCGCCGCAAGAGGUAUUGAUAUCCCAGUCUUGGCUAAUGUUAUCAAUUAUACGUUACCUGGUUCCUCCAAGAUUUUCAUUCAUAGAGUAGGUAGAACUGCAAGAGCUGGUAAUAAGGGUUGGGCAUAUUCCAUUGUUAAUGAAAAAGAACUUCCAUAUUUACUUGAUUUGGAAUUAUUUUUGGGUAAGAAGGUGUUAUUAACUUCAAUGCAUGAAAAGAAGUGUGAGAUAUUAAAGGAGAGACAAGGUGAUAAGUACGUAGAGCCUAAGGUCUCAUACACUGACAGAUUAGUUCUUGGUGCUACUCCAAGAAAUGAGAUUGAAACUUUCCUGGAUCUCUAUGACAAUUUAUUGAAGAACAAUUACGACUUACAGGUCAUUAAGGAAGUGGCAAUCAAGGGUGAAAAACUUUACUACAGAACUAGACAAUCUGCUUCUGCAGAGUCUACUAAGCGUUCCAAAGAAAUUAUGGAAACCGGAUCUUGGGACGACCAACAUAUCUUAUUCGGCCCUAAUAUGGAGAAGGAAAAGGAAAAAUUCUUAGCCAAGUUGUUAAAUAGAAACGUGAAGGAGACUGUUUUUGAAUUUAGAAACCAGGGUAAGAACGGUAAUAAGACUAGCAAAAAGGAAGACGUAAAUGAUAGUCUAGUUGAAUUUAUGCAUAAAAGAAGAAGACAGAUUGCUCCAAUCCAAAGAAGGGCUAAGGAGAGAAGAGAAUUGCUUGAGAAGGAAAGAGAAGCUGGUUUGACUCACGGUAUUGAAAACGAAAUUUUGAAGGGUGAAGAUGGUGAAGUUGGUUAUACCAUGACCGACAACACUGUUAAUGAACAGGAAUUACAAUCAGCAUUUGAAGAUGCAGACGAAAUAAUAGAAACCAAGAGAUUUAAUGCAAAGAAGGAACGUAAAUCUUACAGAGAUCCACAAUUCUUCCUUUCUCAUUAUGCUCCGGCUGCAAGCAUUCAGGAUAAGCAAUUGUCGAUUUCAUCAUUUGCCAAUGAUGCAGCCAAUGCUGCAUUUGAUAUUAACAACGAUGAAACUUUCAAGGGUAACAAGCAAGUCAUGCAAUGGGACAGGAAGAAGGGUAAUUAUAUCAACUCUCAAUCCACUGAUAAGAAAUUCAUCAUCGGUGAAAGUGGACAAAAGAUACCUGCAACUUAUAGAUCUGGUAGAUUCGACGAAUGGAGAAAACAAAGAAACAUUUCAAGAUCUACCACUGCUUCCGGUUCUUCAGGGCCUAACUCGGCUCCUUCGGGAACAGUCGAUUUCAACCAACCAGAGACCAACCAAAAAUUCAAACACAAGCAAAACAAGUCACCUAAGUUACCUGAUAAAUAUAGAGACGAUUUCCAUAAGCAAAAAGCAAAGGUUGACAAUGCUGUUUCUAGUGGUAAGUUUGUAAAGGGUUACAAUAAGCCUGGUCAAAGACAAGAAUUGAAGUCUACUGAACAGAUUAGAAAAGCAAGAGCUGAAAAGGAAAAGAGAAUGCAAAAGAAUGCUCGUCCUAGUAAGAGAAGAAAGUAG